CAGUAUCUAUCGCACAUGAGAGUGAAGAUCACAAAUUCUAUCUAUUCCCUGCGUGAAUUUUCAGAUUUUACACAGACGAGUGUGCUCGUGUGUAUCACUUGUACACAACAAAUUGCAUGCCAGAAACUCUCUCCUACGAAACUUUCAGGUGGUACGAGCAGCGGACUUAACUCGGCUGGUGUAGGAUCGAGCGUGAUCACCACCAUGGAUUUCUGCUAUCUCGAGCCGUGCAUGAUGCAUGGUAAAUGCGUGUCACGCCAGGAUCGUUACGAGUGUCACUGUUACGCCCGAUAUUCAGGCAACAACUGUCAAAUUGACAACGGUCCGCCGUGCUCGAGUGGGCCAUGCCGCAACGGUGGCACGUGCAGCGAGGACGCGAAAGGGGACUUCAGCUGCGCGUGCAAGCCCGGCUUCACCGGGCUUCACUGCGAGUCGCAGCUGGGCGUGCGGGUUUGCGAGCAGAGCCCGUGCAGGAACGAGGGCGUGUGCUUGGCGGUGACCGAGGCCGAGUACAAGUGCGACUGCCAGCCUGGAUGGAGCGGGAAGAAUUGCGAGGCGAACAUAAACGAGUGCUCGCCGAACCCUUGCAGGCACGGCGGGGUCUGCAUCGACGGCGUCAACAAUUACACGUGCAUAUGCGAGCGAACUGGGUACGAGGGGUCGAGCUGCGAGGUGGACAUCGACGAGUGCCUGGCCAACCCUUGCCUGAACAACGGCGUGUGCUACGACAACUACGGCGGCUACAUAUGCCACUGCCCGAACGGUUUCGAGGGGCAGAACUGCGAGCUGAACUUGAACGAGUGCCUGUCCAACCCUUGCAAGCACGGGGCUGACUGCGUGGACGACGUGGGCUCGUACCACUGCAACUGCCCGGCCGGGUACGCGGGCCGCCACUGCGAGCUGAGGAGUUUGUGCGAGAACGCCGCCUGCCCCUCGAACAGCAUCUGCGUGGAGGACGCGCACGGGCCCCAGUGCGUGUGCAAUCCCGGCUACAUGGGCAACCCCCCCAAUUGCACCGUCAAUUAUUGCGCGAAUAACCCGUGCGGCAACGGGGGCACUUGCACCAGCAACAAGGACGGGUUCAAUUGUACCUGCCCGCCGGAAUGGAAAGGAGCCACGUGCCUGUCGUCCGCCUCGGAUUGGUGCUCGGCUUGUUACAACGGAGGCAGUUGUCUCGAGACGCGUUUCGGUAUUAUGUGUCAGUGCCCGAGGUUUUGGACGGGGCCCCAGUGCAAGGAACCGAUCACCUGCCGCGACCUGCCUUGCAAGCAAGCUUCCGCUUGUCACGAUUACCCUGGCGGUUAUUAUUGCACCUGCGAGCCAGGAUGGACGGGAGCCGAGUGUUCCAUCGACGUGGACGAGUGCUCCAGCGAUCCUUGCCGUAACGGCGGUGUCUGCAUCGAUCAACAAAAUAGCUAUUAUUGUCAAUGCCUUCCAGGAUACACCGGUAAAAAUUGCCAGAUCAACGUGGACGAGUGUUUGUCGCAGCCCUGCCAGAAUGGCGGCACUUGCAUCGACCGGAUCAACGGCUACGUAUGUAACUGCACCAAAGACUUCAUGGACGAGAAUUGCGAACGGGAGUACAACGCGUGCGCAGCGAAUCCUUGCCACAACAACGGGAGCUGCACGCUGAUGCCGAGGUCCCGAAGGGAGUUCGUCUGCGAGUGUCCCCGCGGAUUCGAGGGAAAAACUUGCGACGUUAACGUGGACGAUUGCGUGGACGUGAUAUGCCCCGAUGGCCAGGUAUGCGUCGACGGCGUAGCCGGUUACGAGUGCAAGUGCCGCGAGGGUUACAGAGAUCCAAAUUGCACCCUCAUCGUCGACCACUGCGCCGCGGUCUCCUGCAACAGCGGCACCUGCGUCGAUCUCGGAGAGCAGGGAUUCGAGUGCAAGUGCAAGGAUGGCUUCCAAGGAAAAUUUUGCGACGAGGACGUGAACGAGUGCAACGUGGAGGGCAGCUCGUUGUGCAACAACGGUAUUUGCGUGAACACGGACGGCAGCUACAAUUUCUGCAGGCCAGGAUUUUCCGGGGAUCACUGCGAUAUCGACAUCGACGAGUGCCUGUGCGGCCCGUGCAAAAAUAACGCCACCUGCAUCGACGGUAUCAACACGUUCGAGUGCCAGUGCCCGCCUGGUUACUCCGGCAAAACUUGCGACACGGACGUGAACGAGUGCGAGAGCAAUCCUUGCCUGAACAGCGCCACCUGCGUCGACGAAAUAGCCAGCUACACUUGUGUCUGCUCGCCCGGUUUCCGUGGAUUCAACUGCGAGAUAAACAUCGACGAUUGCGAGCCGUUGCCGUGUUUGAACCACGGCCAGUGCAUCGACGGUAUAAACAAUUAUACCUGCGACUGCAGCAACACCGGUUUCGAGGGUGCCCACUGCGAGAAAAAUAUCGACGAUUGCCGAUCCGGGCCGUGCGUGAACGGCGCUCACUGCAUAGACGACAUCAAGAAUUACAAGUGCCAGUGCUACGCCGGUUAUACGGGGAAAAAUUGCGAGGUCGAUAUAAACGAGUGCGAGAGCUCGCCUUGUCAGUACAACGGCACUUGUUUGGAGAGAUCCAAGAUAGAAUUGUACAAGAGCGACGCGUUAACCUUACCUUCGAUAUUUAAUCAAGAAUUCAGUUACGCGAAUGCGAGCGGGUACGAAUGUCUUUGCGUGCAAGGCGUUAUGGGGAAAAAUUGCGAGGUAAAUAUCAACGAAUGCGAUAGCAAUCCGUGCCAAGCUGGGACCUGCGUGGAUCGUAUCGGUGGUUACACCUGCGAAUGCGACGAGGGAUACGAGGGCGAUCAUUGCCAGCACGACAUCGACGAAUGCAAGAGAUAUUCGCCCUGCGAGCAUGGAGUGUGCACCGAUGGAAGGGCCGAUUAUACUUGUACAUGCGAGCCGGAAUACGGCGGUAAAAAUUGUUCGGUGGAGUUGAUCGGUUGCCAGGGAAAUGCUUGUCAAAACGGUGGUACUUGUUGGCCGUAUCUUGUCGACGAAACGAUACAUAAAUUCAAUUGCACUUGUCCCAACGGAUAUCACGGGGAAAUUUGCGAUUACGUAACGACAAUGUCUUUGAACGGCAGCUCGUACGUUUUAGUAAACACCACUCGAGACGAAGGAUACGAUAUACAAUUUCGUUUUCGAACAACAUUGCCAAAUGGAUUGCUAGCCAUUGGGAAAGGCUCGACGUUUUACAUCCUCGAACUCGUGAAUGGCAAGUUGAAUUUGCACUCGAGCCUCUUGAACAAAUGGGAAGGAGUGUUUAUCGGCAGCGGUUUAAACGACUCUACUUGGCAAAAAGUAUUUGUCGCUAUCAAUGCAACGCAUCUAGUGCUCUCGGCGAACGAAGAGCAAACCAUCUAUCCGAUCAGUUUGAACGAAGGUUCCAAUUCGAAUCACACCUCUUUUCCAAUGACUUACGUUGGCGGUACCACCAAUUAUCUUCGACGAUUGACUCAUGGCCCGUCUUUCUUCGUCGGUUGCACCGAAGAUGUCGUUAUCAACGGAGAGUGGGUAUAUUCCGGCACAUUGUUGAAAACGGUGUACAUGGAGGAUAUUGAGCCGGGAUGUCCACGAGAAGCUCAAUGUUCACCGAAUCGUUGUAAAAACGGUGGUGACUGUACCGAUAGAUGGCGCGAUUUCUCGUGCAAAUGCGAGAGGCCGUACCUCGGACACACGUGUCAGUACAACAUGACGGCAGCCACGUUCGGAUACGAAAAUAUCACUAACGGAUACGUGACCGUUAAAGUUUCGGAUAUGGCCAGACGAGCGGUGAGAUCGAUCGUCGACAUCUCAAUGUUCAUUCGUACGAGACAAGACAGGGGCGAUAUAUUUUAUCUGGGUACCGAGAAUCCGAAUCCGCAGACGGAUCUCAAGCCUCAAGAGAAAACGUAUAUAGCUGCUCAACUGGAAGGAGGCGAGUUACUUGUCAGAAUUCAGUUCAACGGUACGGAAGCGUACACGGUUGGCGGUGUGAAAUUGAACGAUGGAAAUAAUCACUUGAUACAGGUGAUUAGGAACGUGACAUUGGUACAGGUGAAAAUCAACGGUACCGAAUAUUUUCGAAAAACUAUCAGCGCUUCCGGCCAAUUGAACGUGACCGUAUUGUAUUUGGGCGGUUUGCCACAAGCAUCCAGAUACAUACGACAAGUUGACAAUCGUCAAAUAGAGGUAUCACAAGCUCCGCAAGUGAAUUUUAAAGGGAUCAUUCAAGAUGUUCAAAUAUCGAACGGUAUCGAAACUAUGGUCGUUGAAUUCUUUCCUCUGAAGGCGAAUGAUAUUCCCACUCCGAUACAAUUUGGUAACGUGACGUUUGAUUACGAGAAAAUUCUUAAAGGUGUGAUAUCCGACAACGUAUGCGUGAGUAACCCGUGCAAUCACAAUGGAACUUGUCAUAUCACGUGGAACGACUUUUGGUGUCAAUGCCCGCGGGGAUACACGGGGAAAACUUGUCAAGAAAUGGAAUUUUGUCAAUUGCAAGACUGUCCAGCCGGAUCGAAAUGUCAAAAUUUAGACGACGGUUACGAGUGCAUAGCUAACGCUACUUUUAACGGGAUCACGACUUCUUUUACCUACGUUUAUAAUCAAGUGGAAGAGAAAAAUGUGACGGAUUCAACGAUCGAUACUAUUCAAAUUACGUAUCGAUCGAAUACCGGUGGCACGUUGAUGCAUAUCGCGCCUCGUAUAGGCGAUCAACAUUUCACCGUUUCCGUGUACAAAGACAACAUUACGGUAUCAUGGCGGUUAGAUUUACAAAAUGAAGGGAUAUUGAGUUUUGGCAAAAUGGAACCUGACGGCAAUUGGACCUCUAUAGUAUUACGAUUGAACAACAACUCGAUGGAAUGCGGAUAUGCAAAUUCUAACGACGAAUACGGACCGCACGUCAGUCCAAAUUUCAGUUUUCCCUUGUGGUACGAUUUGCUAGUUACCGGAACCGUCACUCUUGGCGGACUAGGCUCUAUUUUAUCAAAUAAACACAGUUAUAUUACAAUCGGUUCCAAUAAACAGAGCUUAGAGAACAAAAGUGGUAUCAACGAAAAUUCGAUAGAUUUUACCGAACGUACCACGUUGACUACCGCUUCCCCCCCUUAUAACAUAAUGUCAGGAGAAGCUUUCAAAGGAUGUUUAGGCGAAGUAAGAAUUGGUAGUAUGCUUUUACAUUAUUUUACGUACGAAGAAGUAUAUCAGAACGCUAAUUUCACGCCAUUAGAAUAUUUAGCGUUACAAGAAAAUAAUUCAACGUAUCGCGAUAGUAUUGGAUGCCAACUUUGCUUCGAUCCAGAUUGUAAAAAUAAUGGAUUUUGUCUGGACAAAGCAAACAGUUACAUUUGUGAAUGUCCUGCGGGAUAUACAGAGGACGAUUGUUCUUUUAACAUAGACGAAUGCAUCAAUAAUAAGUGCGAGAACGGAGCAACGUGUAUCGAUGGAAUUGCUAAUUACACGUGUAUAUGUAACAACGGUUGGCAAGGAUGGUUAUGCGAUAGCGACAUAAACGAGUGUGUGACUCUUAGUCCUUGUCAACAUGACGGAGUGUGUAUAAAUCUUCCCGGAUAUUUCCGUUGCGAAUGCCCAGAUCAAUUUACCGGUGAACGAUGUGAAAUUUUCCGUUUAAUUACUUGUGAAAAUCAACCUUGCAAAAAUGGUGGCAGUUGUACAGAUAUCAUAAAUCCACAAACUGGUGAUAAUUUCACUUGUACUUGUACGACUGGUUACGAAGGUUCAAUUUGUGAUGUGCCCUAUUGCAUUGGACAAAAGUGUCAAAAUGGCGGCAAAUGUGAUUUCUUAUAUCAGACACCUCGAUGCACCUGUUUACCCGGCUAUUCUGGAUUGUAUUGUGAAAUUAAUAUCGAUGAUUGCGCACCAGAUGCGGAAGGAAAUGUACCAUGUAAAAACGAUGGAAAAUGCUACGAUGGUGUGAACAGUUUCACUUGUGAUUGUAAUGAUACCGGCUACACAGGGCCCGAUUGUUUAUUCGAUAUAGAUGAAUGUGCAAUUCCAAUGACAGAUUGUGGUCAAGGACGAUGCAAAAAUUUACCAGGAACUUAUCAAUGUAUUUGUGAUCCGGGUUACUGUGGAUAUAAUUGUGGAAUGAUAGAUCCUUGCAAACCGGAUUAUUGUCAAAAUGGAGGUACAUGUAAAUGCGGAGAUAAUGGUGGUUAUAGGUGUGAGUGCACGCCACAUUAUACCGGACAAAAUUGUACAGAGACGGAAAACUUUUUGGGUAGUCAAGCACUCGAUAUAGCUGUAAUUGUUGGUCCUAUUGUCGGAUGCCUGUUUAUUAUUGCAGCAGGUUCUUUAAUUGCAUUAUUUAUGAUGGCUAGGAAAAAACGAGCUACUCGAGGAACGUACAGUCCAAGUGCUCAAGAAUUCAGCAAUCCGCGUGUAGAAAUGGAUAAUGUGAUGAAACCACCGCCAGAAGAGAGAUUAAUUUAAGAAUUUUAUUUUUUUUUUUUUUUUUUUUUUUUUUUUUUUCAUCAAAGGAACACAACAUGAAUGUUUCGAAAAAUCCUAGUCUAUCGAUACAUCGUUGUCACAGUUUUGAUCGAUAUUGAAAGAGAUGAAUGAAUCGGAGGAAUCGAUCUUUCGACAAAACUGUUUUCGAACGGUCAGUGAAAAUAUAAGAGGUUUCAUCGCGCGUUUUCUAGUCCAUGCUAUUUUAUCAACUAUCAAAUUUACAUAAGGAGUUCAAUGUGAGAGCAAUUUAAGGCAUGAUAACUGAUCUUAAAAUCAAUCCGAAAGCGACGCUAAAGAUGAAACGUAUCAAAACUGCCUAUAAAAUUGACUAUAACAUCAAAACCAAAAUAAAAAUAUAUAUUAUUAAAAUUAUUUAGAAAAAUUAAUCGUUAAGAAAAUUUAUUUCUAAAAAUUACACUAAAAAUGAAGAAUGUAUUAUGAAAUUUAUAUAUUAGUCAAACAGUUAAUUUGAAGAAAUCAAUUAGCUAUACAAAGUGUACUUAAAACUUCAUUAAGUGUCCUUAACUUAUGAGCAAUACUCGAAUGGAACUCCUGAGAAACGAGACCCGUCCAUUUUAGUGCCUAAUUGAUCCUACUUAAAGCUUUUAUUUAUAAGCAGUAAAUUUAAAGCAUUGAAAAUGUACAUUACGUUAAACAUCGAGAUCUCUAAAGCAUAAUGAUAUUCAUUAUUAUUGUUUUAUUUCGUUAGAUUUCAGGCAAUCAUGAUACAAAUAUUGUUAAAUAUUAAUAUAAUAUAAUGAUAUUACGACUUAUCGUGAAAAUACCGGAGCUUUGUAAAAAUAUUGUAAAGCAGUGUUGUCCAUGACUGGCAUCUCUUUACACGGCUUUCUUCCCUUCCACGCAUUGUCGUUACAGAGAAAAGAGAGUUCAACAAAAACCAAGAAAUAUCUAUACAAUAUCUCUUUUUUUCUACCUCGCUUUAAAAAUAAAAGUAAAAAUAAAAGGACAAAGCGCGGAAGUAGAAGUAAAUCGUUUUAUUAGCAAAUAAAACUUAACUAUAUUAUCGUAAAGUAAUAGUUAUCACGCUACAUGUUAGUUAUUAUGCAUUUGUAAAGUAAAGACAUGCUGCUUCAUUUUGUACAUAGGUUAGAUUAUACGUUGAAAAAAUUAAUAAUAAUUUUAUUCAUUAGCAUUUUAUAUUAUAUAAUAUAGUAUUUAAUAAUGAAUAUUAUUUUGUAUGUACUUACUUGAUAUCACGACCAAAGUAAUAGGGAAGAAUUUUUUCUUGUCUAUUAAAAUAUAAAUGAUAUAAAUAUCAUAAAAUCAUAAAAUAUAUAUAUAUGUUGUAUCAAUGUUUUUAAUAGUCAAGAAUAAUUGUUCUUUAAAAACGAGAGUUAAUACAUUAUUUGUUGGUACUAUCUUUUUAAAUAUAUUAAUAAAACUUUCUUUUCGUCUUAUAGAAUCAAAAUUAGUAUGAAUAUCUAUUUUACAUAUUAUUACAUCGCAAAAAUAAAAUGAUUAAUCACAAAAUGUACAAAGUAAUUAACAUAUUCGAGAAACAUUUUUCAACGAUCGAUUCUAAAAGCUAAAAAACAUAAAAAUGAAAUAAUAUUGAAAUGAACACAAAAAUAAUAUACAAGAAUAUCAAUUAAGAUUUAUUUAUUAAAUUGUAAAUAAUUUAAAUUUAUGCUAUGAUAAAAUAAAACAGAAACAGCUUGAAUCGGCAAUGUGACGAAGAUAAAAAUGUUUCAUCUAAUGGAAAUUUAAAUUGCUAAAUAAUGUAAUAAAUAAAUUUGAAUAUUUUUAUAAAUUAUUAUAGAUUAUUUUAAUAAUUUUACAUUUUCAGCCUAUAGAAUCGAUAAAAAAGAUAUUUCACGAAUAUAUUAACAUCUUGUAUAUCGUGAUAUAAUGAUAGAAUAUUGAACAUGUUUACAUUACAAGCACGUAUAAAUGAAAAUCAAAUAUAUGAAUGAUAUGUCCACUAUGGCAAUCUAAACUAAUCUAAUUAUUUAAUUUAAUAUCAAUCAAAACCAUAAUUAUGUGGAUAGCCGAUUCUUGGAUUGAAAAGGUAAAAAUGCUCAUAUUAUUGUAAGUUACAAAGAAUAAUUUUCUUUCAACGUGUAUUAUAAAAUGAAUAUCAUUAAUGUUUUCUGCAAGACUGAAAAUUUGGGUACUAAGAAAUACGUGUGCAUGCGCUUUUCAUGUGAAUACUUAUUUUGUGUCAAUAUGCAAUAUUGUGCAUAUAAUUAUUAUAAUUUGAAUUAAAUGUACAAAAAUAAUAAAAAAAUUAAAUAUUUCAA